CAAGAACUCCGUCCCCAAAAAGAUCAUAUUCUCCUUCCACUUGCCAUCUUCAUUUUCACUUCAGCCGAGGUCGUCUCAAUUAUUGGUGGUUUUCUUUAGUCUGUCAGACAAUAUCUCAAACACAUGGCGGCCAGUCCAAUCUCCCCUGAAUCCUACAAACUGGGCUUCAUUGGAGCGGGCAAAAUGGCGGAGAGUAUUGCCAGAGGAGUGGUAAAAUCGGGUGUGCUCCCUCCCCAACGUAUCUCUACUGCCGUUCAUUCUAAUCCCAAUCGCCGAAUCGCUUUCGAAUCCUUUGGUGUCGGCGUACACUCUAACAAUAGUGCUGUGGUUGAAGCCAGUGACGUGGUGAUUUUCUCGGUGAAACCGCAAGUAGUAAAAGAUGUAGUGUUGCAACUGAAGCCGAUGCUUUCUGAGAAGAAGCUUUUGGUUUCAGUUGCUGCAGGAGUAAAAUUGAAGGACCUUCAGGAAUGGGCUGGUCACAGCCGGUUUAUUAGGGUGAUGCCCAACACACCUUCAGCCAUUGGUGAGGGAGCAACAGUUAUGAGCUUGGGAGGAGCUGCAACAGAAGAGGAUGGGGAACUAAUUUCUAAACUGUUUGGAUCAGUCGGCAAGGUAUGGCGGGCUGAUGAGAAAUCGUUUGAUGGAAUCACUGGUUUGAGUGGCAGCGGUCCAGCAUAUAUUUUCUUGGCAAUUGAAGCUCUAGCUGAUGGUGGAGUAGCUGCAGGUGUACCACGAGAACUUGCGCUAGGUCUAGCGUCACAAACUGUGUUGGGAGCAGCAUCAAUGGUGACUAAAUCUGGGAAGCAUCCAGGUCAGCUUAAAGAUGAUGUUGCUUCACCUGGUGGGACUACUAUAGCCGGUGUUCAUGAGUUGGAGAAGGGUGGACUUCGUGGGAUUUUAAUGAAUGCUGUUGUUGCUGCUGCUAAGCGAAGCCGAGAGCUGUCCUAGAGCUAGCUAAUUCAUUGUGAUUUUGUUCUCUUAUUCUUAGUUCGAAAAUGUGACCAAUUUUUAAACACCUAUAAUAAGAAGGAAUGGUCAGAGGAAAUAGCUUCCGGGUAUAUGUUUCACUUGUUUAUAUAUUAAUUAGUUUUUGAGAUGAUAGAUUUCCUGAUAGAA